CAAAAUCCUGUGAAGACAUAAAGGACGAGUGCAAAAAGGAGGAUGGCUGUUUCUGCGAUGACAAACAAGGAAAACUCGUUGUCGAAGAAACAUCGCCAGAAGCUACCACUUGUGAACAGAAAAAGGUCGAGUGCGAGAAAGACGGUAUGGAAUGCAAGAUGCAAGGCGGGCGACCAGUAUGCUCAGAUACAUGCUCAGCCAACAAGACCGAAGAGUGCGAGAGCGUUCCGUACAGGUUGUGCCGAGUUCGUAACGGGAAAGCUGAGUGUUACUGCAAAGAAGGACUGAGGAACAUUAGCGGCAGGUGCGAGAUUGCAAAAAAGGUUGUCGUUAAAUUCAAGAUUACGAAGAAUGCAGCACGCCGUAGGCGAGACACUAGAGAGAAAAACUGCAACGUUGACAGAGAGGAACUUGUUAAGAUGAUAAAGGCGAAGGUACCUGACGUUGUUGAAGAUUCUAUUAAGUGCACAGGUGACGACGUUGCAUUUGAGGUGUUUGCAGAAAAUGCUCAAAAGGUAGAUACCUACGUUAAAGAUGCGUUGAAGAACUGCGGCCCAAAUUGCCCUCUCGGCAGUGUAUCCUUCAGCGGCGUACAAACCGAGCGUGCAAAGCAAUGCAAAGAUCUCAAGGCCAUUGCCGAUGACUUCGGCAUGAAAUGCGCAGAGAACGAAACAACCGAUGCCACAUUUUCCUGUGACACUACGAAAGCGGAGCCUAUCGGAGAGACAAAAUUACGUGGAAUACCAUUCCAAGUUUGCAAGCCACUACCCUGCAACAAGACCUGCACAAGUUCAGAUCGAAAACACUGUGUCGGCGAAUCAUGCGUGUGCAAACCGCAGUACAAGCAUGACUCGGCCACGAACGAGUGCAUAAGCAUCUGUGACUCCAAGCCAAGUCCAUGCUACGGCGAAGCAGUGUGCGAACCUGGUAUAGAUUACCAAAGCUUCUACUGCAGAUGCCCUCCCAAGCGUACAGGUCCACUGUGCCAACGUGACAACAAGUCCUUCCUGUCCGCCCAGCUGAACAUCGUCAUUGUUGGUGUCGUUCUUUCAUCCUUGUUACUGAUGUGCUUCGUCGUCUCUGCAAGCAUCAUAUCCAGGCUCAAGAAGAAACUUGAAGGCCCCAGCUUCAAGAAGGAUCCUGAACGACCUACCCAACGGGAGCUUCGUGGCUACGACGGCCCAUUCAGAGCUUCGGACCCAGCCUCACUACAGAGGGACUACACGUCACUAUGAGAGCACUCACUCAAUAACUAUCAUCUCUUUCGUCCACAAACGUUUUUUUUUUUUACAUCUCUCAUCGCGACGAUGGAAUAUGGGCUAGUCAUUUCACCACCUGAAGAGUGCUGCCUGGACUUCACUGUUUUCGUACCACCAAAUGUCAGUGUGAGCUGCUUGGCUAAGCCACGUGACACGGGCUUUGAAAUUCCUCACGAACUAUCGAAAUGAACGACACCGCGGUGAAGCCAUGCGCAGCAUACGUAUGGAAUGAAUGUAAAAGCUAGUACCAUUCAGUGGCGGGGAACUUUUCUUUUUUGUUUUGUAUUUCUGACAAAAAGCACCGACUGUAACAUUAGUUAUUGCUUUUGUACAGUGUUUGUCUGUGAUUGUCAAAACUGGGACCCAUUAAUGAUGGCCAACUUUUUGUGCUUAAUUUCUUUCUGACAAAAAUCACUGUAACGUUGGACCAUGUUUGUAAUGCAGAGGCUGUGUAUAUUGGCUACGGGAAAAAAAUAAAGGCGAUCCAAUAAUA